UGCAUCCCAUGUGAUUGCCUCCUUAGUGGAAGAUUAUCCCAACUACAUGGUCAUAAAUCUAGACAAGCUGGAUUACUGUGCAAGCUUGAAGAAUCUUGAACCCGUUUCUAACAAGCAGAACUACAAAUUUAUACAGGGCGACAUUUGUGACUCCCACUUUGUGAAGCUGCUGUUUGAAAUGGAGAAAAUAGACAUAGUACUCCAUUUUGCUGCCCAGACACAUGUAGAUCUCUCGUUUGUCCGUGCCUUUGAGUUCACAUAUGUCAAUGUUUAUGGCACUCAUGUGUUGGUAAAUACUGCUUAUGAAGCCAGAGUGGAGAAAUUUAUCUACGUCAGCACAGAUGAAGUGUAUGGAGGCAGUGUCGAUCAGGAGUUUGAUGAAUCAUCACCCAAACAACCUACAAACCCAUAUGCUUCAUCUAAAGCAGCUGCUGAGUGUUUUGUACAGUCUUACUGGGAGCGAUACAAGUUUCCAGUUGUCAUCACCAGAAGCAGUAAUGUUUAUGGACCACACCAGUAUCCCGAAAAGGUUAUUCCAAAAUUUAUAUCUUUGCUCCAACACGACAGGAAAUGCUGUAUUCAUGGAUCAGGGCUUCAAAGAAGAAACUUCCUUUACGCUGCUGACGUGGUGGAAGCAUUCCUCACUGUCCUCCAAAAGGGAGAGCCAGGGGAGAUUUAUAACAUUGGGACCAGCUUUGAAAUGUCGGUUGUCCAGCUUGCGAAGGAGCUAAUACAGCUGAUCAAAGAGACCAGUUCAGAGUCUGAAACGGAAAGGUGGGUGGACUACGUUAAUGACAGACCUCACAAUGACAUGAGAUAUCCAAUGAAGUCUGAAAAGAUCCACAGUUUAGGGUGGAAGCCCAAAGUGCCUUGGGAAGAAGGAAUAAAGAAAACAGUUGAGUGGUACCGAGAGAAUUUCCACAACUGGAAGAAUGCAGAAAAGGCAUUAGAGCCCUUUCCUGUCCAGCCACCGUUUAUAUAGUCGCCAGUUGUAGAGAAGAGGACAUUAGCCUACCUCAGCAGCGAUGCGAACUCCAGUGCCUAAGUGAAGAGCCAGCUCUCACCCCAGUGUGAGGAUGCUUCCAGGACUGGGUUCGGAUGCAGAGUCUCCAGGAGUUCCAGCAUUGGCCCAGGAUUCCGUGUGGAGAGCCCCUCAGCAGCAGAAGUGCGGGAUGUGGGCAGGAUGAGGCCCUGGUCCUGAGAACCCAGGCAGAGCUGGCAUUGGUGCACUCUGUCGGCUCUGCAGCACCUGACGGUCUCAGGUUUUAUGUCCUGACUAAUUUUUAGGUCUGAUGAUGUGAAAGUGGAACAAAAUGGAAGCAUAUUGAACACUUUUUCAUUUUGAUAAUUUUGGAAAAUUAAGUUAGAUGAUUUUUAAAGGUAAGAUGUAAAUCUCACACAUUUUUUAAAUCAGUUAAUUUAUAUAAAACCUGUUUCAGAAAUUUUGUCAUGUCUCUACUGUUUACAAUGGUUUUAUUUAUAAAAGUGUCAAUAUAUUUUAAUAUAUUAAAUACAGAUUGUGGCUUUCUUA